CUUAGCAUUUCAGCUGCUGUAGUGCGGUAACUAUAGGCGUCCACCAAAAUUUUCAGUCGAUUGUCUGGUCGUUUUCAUUGAAAGUCGUGGCACAAAGCCUACAACAUCGACCGUUUUUUCAUGGAUAGCCGAAAUGAAAACAUCGCCUCGAGCAGCAGUGGCUCUGCUUCACAGACUCUGAAAGGCAGUCGUGUUCCUGGAGGGCAGCAGCACUCUACAUCUCAUCCUCUAGACACACCCACACCCCCAGAGGACGAACAUGGACAAACCACGGCGUUAGCACAGCGUGAACAACCAUUGCAGCAGGUGGAGUCUUUGGCAGACACAAAGUGCAGAUCACGUAGCAGUCCAUCAAUAUACUUCCAAUCGAAUGCCAGCGGUUGCAGCCGUGAGAUCGCCAUGGUGCACCACCCCUCUACCGCGCCUGCCGUGCCCCAGGACCUUAUGCGCGAGCCACUUUCGAACGAAUUUGCAGAUUGCCACAUCGAGUUAGCCUCCCGGCGGAUAGGUCUCAUAAGGGCGACUCGCAGCCGCGCUGUGGCGGAGGGCCAUUUAUUUCAUCCCGUUGACGCGGCCAGAGCGGCUGCAGCACUACAACUUCAAGAUCUGCAGAAAAUUGAAACGGAAAGCAUUGCAACAGUCUCCGAAAAUCCUCGCGGUCAUCCCAGAGGACUCAGCACGGGGAGGGAGUCUAUUACUGCUGGAAACACUGGCACCGAUCGUAGUUCGCGGACUGUUGGAAGACGCACUGACGCAGGUAGUAUGAACAGAUCUUACUACACAGACGAGGACGACAUGCCGAUGCAGUACCUUUCCUUCGAAUGCGUAGGCCACUACCUCUCUCCGGUGCGUGAAUGCUACCGGAGGUACAAACUUGCGGUUAUUUGGCUUACUGCCGUCGUUGGGGCCGUGCUUGGCUUCGUUUUACUCGGUUUGCUUAUUCAGUACAUCCGUCAUCGAAAUCGAGGGCUGUCCACCGAGUCGAAAGCCGAGACCUCUACGGAGUUUCCAAUUGACUACUACAAACAUCCUCCGUACAGGAUGCCUUCCUAUUUGUGCGACGGUGGGUGUUCCUAAGAAGCCUACAGCGCCAAUAGUUCAUUUUUAAGUCGCCCUUGUUUUUCGACGGCAAUAAUGUUUUGAGAAGCUGGCUGUGCAUGUCUAUUUUCUUAUGUACAAUAUUGACACUGGUUUGAAUAAACCAUCAUUGAAACCCAUGGCA